GGAUCAGGUCUCGGCAAUAAUUUCUCUCUUAUAAAACUAGCAACCAAUUCAAUCCCUCUCACAUGCACCCACCACCCACUCCUCACACUCCUCCUCCCAUGGCCUCUCUCUCCUCCUCUUCCUCCCUCUAGGCUCUAGCCCAUCUACUCUCUCUCUCUCUCUCUCUCUCUCUCUCUCUCCCCCCCUAACAACUCCUCCUCAUCCUUGAAGGGAAAAUGUUCUCUCCGGAAAAGGUAGGGGGUUUUUUGCAAAAAUUCAAGGCCGUGAGCAGGAGGGGGAGAAGAGCCAGCAGCAACUUCAAGUGGAUCUCUUCAGCAGCCUCCCCCGCCGCCGCCGCCGCCGCCGCGGCGGCGGAGCUUCCGAACCAACUGCGGCGAGUGUUCGACCUCAUCGACUCCAACGGCGACGGCAAGAUCUCCGCGGGGGAGCUCCGCGACAUCAUGCUCCGUCUCGGCCACGAGAGGUCGACGGUAGCGCGGGAGGCGGAGGGGAUGGUGCGGGAGGCGGACUGCGAUGGCGACGGGUUCAUCGAUUUGGACGAGUUCAUGCGGGCGGUGUCGGAAAGGGGCGCGGGCGUCGACGAGGAGGAGGAGCUCCGGGAGGCGUUCCGCGUGUUCGAUGCCGACCGCAACGGAUACAUUUCGGCAGAGGAGGUGCGGCGGGUGUUGGCCGGGUUGGGGCGCAGGUGUAGUCUGAAAGAGUGCCGGCUUAUGAUAAGAGGGGUGGAUAGGAAUGGGGACGGGGUGGUCGAUUUUGAGGAGUUUAAGGCCAUGAUGAUGAUGAACUCCUUGACGGCGCUUUGAGAUUCGGGAUCACAGGUUUGGGUGUUACGUACGUACGUACGUACAUGCAUGUUGUUAAUUUCCUCCAUUAAAUUAGCUAGAUGUUGUACAUGGAGUGUACGUACAUGCAUGUGAUGUGAUGAGGAAGCUUGCUUUGUUUUUGUAAAGCUUAUAAUUGUAAUGGAAUGGAAACAAAUUAGGUGGAUUGAUUAAUUUGGUAUGUUAAUUUCCAUUUUGAUUAA